UUAGUCAGUCUGUUAAACAUUUCAUUCCCCUGACAGCUGAAUAUAAGUUCAGUUUACAUUUUUGAAAAGCCCGAAACAUGUUCAUGUAACUUGUUUCACCUCAAACGUAUCAACCAAACAAUUCACCGCGUUGAGAGAAUUGUGAUCAGUUGGUAUUCAACCCUCAAAGCGAACAGAGUUCCACUGAGUAGAACGUAAACCUCCUUCUCGAGAUUCAGAACAUGAAGUUUGUUGCUGUAGCCGUUUUCUUGGCGUUCGCCUUGGCGAUUGGCGUGGAUUCAGCGUCCGUCAGCCUUUCCAGCAGCCAAUUGACGCUCAAUGGUAACGCUCAAAUUCAGUUUUACGGUCCUAAAGAAGAGAUUUGGGCUGGUUUGUCCAACGGCAACCGAUACCCCAUCCUCAAUAGUGGUGACAUGAUUGCCUUGCGCUCGUCCUAUCCUUCAGGCAGCUACUCGAAGUAUUGGAUGCAUUGUAGUUCAUCUUACUGCUGGUAUGGUACCUGCAAGGGUACUGUUAUGACUUCAGCGGCGUGGUCUGGCUGUUCAAGCUACAUGUAUUUUUACAUCCAUGCCAUGGGAAAGUUGGACGGACAGCCCAUUAACAGUGGCGAUACUGUAUCGAUAAGCUCCAAGGCCCAUGGAACCAGCUACCGGCUCUAUUGUAGCACAUCUACCAGUUACCAAUGUCGCAUGUAUUCGACUACCAGCAGCCUGUCAGGGAACACCUGGUUCAGUUACAACUACGUCACUUUCCAGAUCUUCUCCAGGAACGCUGUUGAUGGUACCCCUAUCCAAUAUGGUGACAUAGUGGCGUUCAAAUACCCGUACGCAUUCAACAGCGCCUGGUUGUACUAUUACAGUAGCCGUUUUUAUCCCCGAAGUUGCAGCACUAACAGCAAAUCGUCGUGUGCCGCUGAAAACACCACCACUGGCUUCAGGAUCUUCAAAAAGCUGUGAAGUUUGAACUUCAUGUCUGGAAGCUUUUGAAAAAGAAAAGGUUUCAGUCAUAAAGUUCAAGCUUAGCAUGAUACGCUCGUAUCAGGGGCUGAUAGUUGCUUAAAGGGUCCUAGUCAGCCACACCUUUAGUUUUGUUUGCAUGCGAGAGUUUGGCUAUUAUAUUUUAUUGGGAGCAUAUCGAAACGAAGGAAAUCACUGUGUAAGUACUAAACAUAAUUAAACAUACUUUCAGGAACACAACUUCCAGCAAAGCAAUAAGAUACGCUUCACUGUGCAGAAUAUCAAUAAUAUCGAUGACAUCAAAAAUGGCGGAGGCUGACUAGGGUCCUUUAAUAGUCUUCAUGGCAACCUGAGAAGAACAAAGUGCUAAGUUUGGACUUUAUGACUGAAAGCUUCUUAAAAGCUUUUGGCCGGAGUUGCCAGUUGCAAGUUAAACUGUAUUUUACUGUUUCUCAGAAACAAUUAAAGGGAUAAUAAACUCGACAAAUGUUUCACAUAA